GUGCGGGGGCUCGCUGGUGCCCGGCGGCCGGUGGCAAGGGGGCCGGAGGGGCAGGAGCCAGGAAGGGGAGCUGCUGGUCUUCUCGGAAGAGGGCGCUGCCUUCCCUCCAGUCUCGGCGAGGCUCUCGGAGGCUAAGGGAGAAGCCCAAGCGUCUGGGUCGCCUUCAGCGCCGGGGCGGAGAAUGCAGUUGGGAGAACCGCUCCUAGCGAGCGCUGUCCACUUGCCCAGCGCUCACUUCUACCCUCUGGACAGCGGGAGCGCGAGCGGCGGCGGCGGCGGCGGCGGCGGACCCCACCACGGCGCCGGCUCCCCGGCGCAGAGGCUGGACCCGGACAAAGGGCAGAAAAAGUUCCGAGCCGGCCUCGCGUGCGAAGCCGCGCGGGAGGCCGCCUCGUCCGGCGCCGGGGCCGCGCCUCCAGGUAUGCUGAGCGACGCGGACGCCGCGGACACCUUCUCCAGCGCCGCCGCCGUAGCCAAGGCCGGAGCCCCGGACGGCCGCAAAGGCUCUCCGUGCGGGGACGAGGAGCUGCCCUCGGCCGCGGCGGCGGCGGCGGCGGCGGCGGCCGCCGCGGCUGCGGCCGCCGCGCGCUACCCCAUGGACAGCCUGAGCCCGGACCGCUACUACCUGCAGUCACCGGGGCCGCCGCAGGGCGCCGAGCUGGCCGCGCCCUGCUCCCUCUUCCCCUACCCGGCGGCGGCGGCGGCGGCGGCGGCGGCCCAGCACAGCUCCGUGUACCCGGCCCCCAACGGCGCCCGCUACCCCUACGGCUCCAUGCUGCCCCCCGGAGGCUUCUCGGCUGCCGUGUGCUCUCCCGGGAGGGCGCAGUUCGGCCCCGGCGGCCCGGGCGGCCCGGGCGGCGGCGGGCCGGGCGGCGGGCCCGGCGGCUAUCAGUACGGUCAGAGCGGCCCCGGCGCGCUCUAUGGCCCCUACCCGGGGGCAGCCGCGGCCUCGGGCUCGUGCGGCGGCCUCGGCGGUCUCGGGGUGCCGACCACUGGCCUGCGCGCCCAGGUCUACCUCUGCAAUCGGCCCCUGUGGCUCAAGUUUCACCGGCACCAGACGGAGAUGAUCAUCACGAAGCAGGGCAGGAGGAUGUUUCCUUUCCUAAGCUUCAACAUUAAUGGACUCAAUCCCACAGCCCACUACAAUGUGUUUGUGGAGGUGGUGCUGGCCGACCCCAACCACUGGCGAUUUCAAGGGGGCAAAUGGGUGACUUGUGGCAAGGCUGACAACAACAUGCAGGGCAACAAAAUGUAUGUUCACCCCGAGUCUCCCAACACUGGCUCUCACUGGAUGAGACAGGAAAUCUCCUUUGGGAAACUGAAACUUACCAAUAACAAAGGCGCUAAUAACAACAACACCCAGAUGAUCGUUCUACAGUCUCUUCACAAGUACCAACCUCGGCUUCACAUCGUAGAAGUGACUGAGGAUGGUGUAGAAGAUCUUAAUGAUUCCUCCAAGACUCAGACAUUCACUUUCUCUGAGACCCAGUUCAUUGCUGUGACUGCUUAUCAAAACACUGAUAUCACCCAGCUGAAGAUCGACCAUAAUCCAUUUGCAAAAGGUUUCAGGGACAACUAUGAUUCCAUGUACACCGCUUCCGAAAAUGACAGGUUAACUCCAUCUCCCACGGAUUCUCCUAGAUCCCAUCAGAUUGUACCAGGAGGUCGCUACGGAGUUCAGUCCUUCUUUCCGGAGCCCUUCGUCAACACUUUACCUCAAGCGAGAUAUUAUAACAGCGAGAGAACCGUCCCACAAACCAAUGGUCUCCUUUCCCCCCAGCAAAGUGAAGAGGUCUCCAACCCUCCUCAGAGAUGGCUCGUGACUCCUGUGCAGCAACCCGGAGGCAACAAACUGGAUAUAAGUUCCUACGAGUCAGAGUACCCUUCUAGCACCUUGCUGCCCUAUAGCAUUAAAUCCCUGCCCCUCCAGACGUCCCACGCCCUGGGCUAUUACCCUGACCCAUCCUUCCCUGCAAUGGCAGGCUGGGGAGGCCGAGGCUCUUACCAGAGAAAGAUGGCAGCUGGGUUGCCAUGGACAGCCAGAACCAGCCCUCCUGGUUUCUCUGAAGAUCAGCUCUCCAAAGAGAAAAUCAAAGAAGAAAUUAGCUCUUCCUGGAUAGAGACCCCUCCUUCUAUAAAGUCUCUAGAUUCAAACGAUUCUGGGGUGUAUACCAGUGCUUGCAAGAGAAGGCGGCUCUCUCCCAGCACCUCCAGCAACGAAAAUUCCCCAUCGAUAAAGUGUGAGGACAUAAAUGCAGAAGACUAUAGCAAAGACACUUCGAAAGGCAUGGGCUACUAUGCCUUCUAUACAAGUCCCUAAAGCAUGACGUUACUCCUGUAAAAUUGACCAGUUUUUAAGGUGGACUUGGUGUGUGUGGUUGGGGUUUUUGUUUGUUCGUUUUCGGUUUUGUUUUGUUUUGUUUUUGCCUAGGUUGCCAAAAAGACUUUUGCCUCCCACCUCGAAGCAUAUCGUGUGGUGCAAUUCUUUAUAGAAGGUGCCAAAGCUUUUUGAUUGCUGCAGGUAAUGGGAACCAACCUAGUAGCUUAUUUUUUUAAGUGUCAUCAAUUAAUGGCGUAUACGGAUUUUACAUUUUAACUCUCAAAGAGAGCAAGGUUCUGCUUUUAACCACGUGACAUAUUUAUUGGGGACACUAAACCUUCAGUGAGGUAGACUUUGGGGUCUGUGAGAUUGAGAAGUGGAGAUGGACUGCUGGGAAUCAACUCGCAGUCAGCCCUCAUUUCUCUUUCAAAAUCUCCAAACAAAGCAGAGCAGCAGAGAGUGUGCCAGAGGCUUUCUAAGUCUGAAGGGGCAGAGCUGCACCUCCUGAUUCCACUGAGUCUUUGGCAGAGCAGAGCUGCCUUUCCCCUGGAUGAUGAGAUCCAGGGCCUGGCAGAGGAGCAGCCCCUUUUUGUAAAGGUGCAAGUGGAACCGAAGGCUUUCUCCUCUUGCUCUCAGGCCCCCAGAGCUAGUCUGGUUUGCCUCAGCACACGCCUGCCCAACUUAAGAAAAGCUAAAGCCGUUCUGUUGUUGGCAUUAAAAGAGCCCUGUGAGAGAGGAGGAGGUCACCAAAACUAGAGAAUUAAAAGUGUACAGUUGUGUGUGUCUAGGUACACUGUAGAAUACUGUGGAAUAUCUUGUCCAAAUAGUCUACAUAGGAGUCCUGCUAAGAUCAUGUAAACUUGGUGCUUUGGCCUUGUCAAAGAUUAUCAAAAUACUGGAGGCAAGAGGCCUGAUUUUGGAGGGGAGUGGGGUUCGAUGCCCCCCUCUUUUAAGUACUUGGGAAAAAUAAUCAACCUGAUUACUUUGUAGGUAGGAAAGAAUGUAUUUUUCAGCUCCCCUGUACUAACUUGAAGAUGUGUUUAAAAAUAACAACAAACAAAACUUCGAUUUCACCUUUUUCCCCCUUCUUGGUGAUGCUAUCCAUUUCAAAGCCAGUGCACCAGUUUAUGAAGGCUUUUUAGAGAUCUUGGGUUUUGUAUGUACAGUCAUGGUCAUUUUUAAUAAAUGUGGUGCAUUAG